AUGCCUAUCAAGGUCAAAUCCAAGAAGCUCGCUGCCCCUCGCGAGGGAAGCCCCGUAUCCAUCCGCCCCGACUGCGAGUACGACCUGCCCGACAUUGCCUUUGACGACAGCUUCCGCGACGUGGUCAAGAAGCUCUCCCUCUACUUUACCGAUGCUAUCGAGCUGCCCAGCACGUUUGAGCAGCUGAGGACCACGCCUGCGGGGGCUCCUCUGCGCAUUCUGGUGGAUCAUCUCACGGCCACCUGCACCAACCCUAGCAUUGUCAAUGCUCUUCUAGCACUCAAAUGGCAUUAUGCUUCCUCAUCAGAUCACCGCACCCUGGGGGAAUCUCGAGCAGAUGCUUGUGAAAUUGUUGCAUGGCGUUUCCUGACUCGACUAUCUGAGCGCGAGGCAGUUGAUUUCUGCCUCUACGAAAUUCCUGAUCUAGACGAUGAGGAGGAGGCUGAGGAAACGGGCAACGGCCAUGCUCGCGACGAGGAGGCCGGCGAGGCAUCUCCCCUGCUCUCCCACCUCCGAUCUAUUGACAAUCGUCGCCGUGGACCGGGCCCUGCUGGCAGCAGCGGGAAGCGCAACCAGCUUCUGAGCUCUCUUUCCCGACUGACUAUGACCUCGGAUGAGAAUGAUGACGAGGAAGAAAACGACCCUACUGCUCCUUUCAAGAACCUGAAUGCUCUUGAAAUCGCUGCCAUUGCUAAUGCCAAGCGCUUCCUCAGCCAGCACAUUGUUCAGAAGAUUAUCACCGCCAUAUGGAGCGGUGAUAUCAUCUUCUGGGACAGUCUGUCGGUUCACUCAACCAAGAAGCCUCGCUUCUACAACCCUCGCACCGCCGACCCCUUUUCACGUCUGCGUGUGCCCAAGUACCUCAAGAGCUGGGAGGUGCUCUUCUUCUGUAUCUUCUUGGCUCUGUACUACUCUGUGCUCAUUGUUAGGGACGAAUCUCGUCUCACGAUUCCCGAAGUCAUCCUCUUUUUCUGGAUAGCAGCCUUCUUCUACGAUGAGCUUAGCGAGUGGCUCGAUGCGGGCUCCAUCUUUUACGCCACUGACAUCUGGAACUUGUUUGACAUGAUAAUGAUCACGAUCGGUUUCACUUUUGCUAUUCUGCGAAUCAUUGGCAUCACCCAAGACAGGGUGGACUUGAGUGACCUCGCCUUUGACAUCUUGUCUCUUGAGGCUCUCUUCAUGAUUCCUCGUAUCUUCUCCAUCCUCAGUCUGAGUCCCUACUGGGGCACUCUCAUCCCUUGCUUGAAGGAAAUGGGUAAGGACUUCUUUAAAUACAUGGUGCUCGUUGUAGUCGUGUAUUGUGGCUUCCUAACGACGUUUUCGCUCGUUGGCCGCGAUGUCUUUGCUUUCAAGUCGAUGGCGUGGAUCCUCACAAAGAUAUUCUAUGGUUCAGCCCCUAUUGGAUUCGAGGUGAUGAACCAGAUCGACCCCUUCUUUGGACCGCCCCUGAUGAUCAUUUUCAUCACGCUAUCGAGUUUCCUGCUGAUGGGCUCCUUGACCGGUAUGCUGUCUAACAGCUUCUCGCGGGUCAUCACCCACGCUAAGGAGGAGUAUCUGUACGUGUACAGUGUCUACGUCCUGGAAGCGUCAACCAGCAAUAGACUCACUCACUUCUUCCCACCCUUCAACUUGCUGGCCUUUGCUAUCUUCAGGCCUUGGCGUCUCAUCUUUUCUGCUGACGAAAAGUUCCGGGCUGGACGUAUCAUUCUCCUCAAGGCAACUCACUGGCCGGUUGUUGGGGUAAUCAAGCUGUACGAGAUGUACCGUAAGCCAGGUGUUGAUGAGUUUGCUGGGUUCAAGGGACCUCAACAAUCGACACGGCGCAACGGUAGGAAGAACCUGGCGGCGAAGCGGUCUACCUCUAACGUCGGACGCCGAGCCCUGCUGUCGCCUAGAGGACGACUCAACGGCCGCGACUUGGAACGACCAGAGGACGAUGUGGAGGCGCCGACGGCGGCCGAGUCACAGCUUAGCGAACUGAACCGCAAGGUCGACCAGCUGACGGCGUUGGUUUUGGCAUUGCAAGAGAAGCAGUCGGCUAGCGCAAGCGGCAAGGAGAGUGGAAGCACGAGUGAGGGCACCGCCUAA